AACGGUCUUCGCGCGACAUACUUCAAAGAACAAGCAUUGAUCAAAGAACUCAAUUGCACCCUCCCCCGGUCGCAGGUUCCGGUACAUCGCGCUCCCUCGUUGAGAGGCAUCGGGCCUGGCAGCCUGACCAUCUCCGGAUUGCCGCACCCCGUUCACCCGCCAACAUGUCCGUCAUGCUGCAGACACCUUCCCGAGCGUCUACCGCGUCCUCCUCGUCCUUCCAACCCAUAUCCCGCCAGAACACAAUGUCCUCCUACGAUGGCUCACGAUCCGCCCGUCAGUCAAAGCGGUAUUCUAUGUCGGCUUUGUAUAUGUCCAUGUCUGCCAAUGAAUCCGAUCUAGUCAUCGAAGACGACCUCGCCAAAGCACAAAAGGUUCUCCGAGAUCUCAAAUCGAAAAUAUCUUCGCAGUCAAAGAAGAACUUUGUCCUCGAAAAGGAUGUUCGCUACCUCGACUCCCGCAUUGCCCUGUUGAUCCAGAACCGCAUGGCCUUGGAGGAGCAAAAUGAAGUCGCAAGUCACCUCGAAGAUGCCGCCGAAAUGCAAGAGGGAACGUUUCCCAACGACGAGAAGACGCAGAAAUACGGAAACUUGAUGUUUCUGCUGCAGUCUGAGCCCAGGCACAUUGCCCACUUGUGUCGGCUCGUCUCAAUGUCGGAAAUCGACGCGCUCUUGCAGACCGUCAUGUUCACCAUCUACGGCAACCAGUACGAAAGUCGUGAAGAACAUCUGCUACUAACCAUGUUUCAGUCCGUCCUCACGUACCAGUUCGAUAACACACCGGAAUACUCGUCGCUGUUGCGCGCCAACACACCAGUUUCACGCAUGAUGACUACUUACACAAGGAGAGGACCCGGCCAGAGCUUCCUGAAGUCAGUCCUAGCCGACCGUAUCAACAGCUUGAUCGAACUCAAGGAUCUGGACCUGGAGAUCAACCCGCUCAAGGUCUAUGAGCGUAUGAUUGAGCAGAUCGAAGAAGACACAGGGAGUCUACCAGCGUCGUUGCCCAAGGGCAUCACGGCGGAGCAGGCGGCUGAGAAUCCUCAGGUUCAAGCCAUCAUUGAGCCGCGGCUAACGAUGCUCACGGAAAUCGCCAACGGAUUCCUGACGACCAUUAUCGAGGGGCUGGACGAGGCGCCGUACGGGAUUCGGUGGAUCUGCAAGCAGAUUCGCAGCUUGACCAAGAGAAAGUACCCCGAUGCUAAUGACCAGGUUAUCUGCACUCUGAUCGGCGGUUUCUUCUUCCUUCGCUUCAUUAACCCGGCCAUUGUCACACCCAAGUCUUACAUGCUCAUCGACGGGACGCCGGCCGAUCGCCCCAGAAGGACGCUAACGUACGUUGCGAAGAUGCUGCAGAACUUGGCCAAUAAACCGUCAUACUCGAAGGAGCCGUACAUGGCCAAGCUGCAGCCGUUCAUCCACCAGAACAAAGAUCGGGUCAACAAGUUCAUGCUGGAUUUGUGCGAGGUCCAGGACUUCUACGAGAGCCUUGAGAUGGACAACUAUGUGGCGCUCUCCAAGAAGGACCUCGAACUCUCCAUCACUUUGAACGAAAUCUAUUCCAUGCACGCCCUGAUCGAAAAGCAUUCUGUUGAGCUCUGUAAGGACGAGAACUCGCACCUUUCUAUCAUCAUGGCGGAGCUGGGUCCCGCGCCACCCCAGGUUCCGAGGAAAGAGAACAGGGUAAUCAGUUUGCCGCUGUACAGCAAGUGGGAGACAGCCAUCGACGACUUGACCGCCGCGCUAGAUAUCACUCAGGAGGAGGUAUACUUCAUGGAGGCCAAGUCGAUCUUUGUGCAAAUCCUACGGACCAUCCCGCAGAGCUCGUCCGUGGCGAAGAGGCCGUUGCGUCUCGAACGCAUCGCCGACGCAGCUGCCACCUCCAAGAACGAUGCGGUCAUGGUCCGCAAGGGUAUCAGGGCGAUGGAACUGCUGAGCCAGCUGCAGGAGCUGAAGGUCGUCGACAAGAGCGACGGGUUCAGCCUGCUUAGAGACGAGGUUGAACAGGAGCUUCAGCAUCUGGGCUCGCUCAAGGAAGGUGUUCUGGCCGAGACGCAAAAGCUAGAGGAAGUGUACAGGACGAUCCGCGACCACAACGCCUACCUCGUGGGUCAACUCGAGACGUACAAGAACUACCUCCACAACGUGCGCAGUCAGAGCGAGGGCACACGGCGGAAACAGCAGAAGCAGCAGGUCCUGGGGCCGUACAAGUUCACGCACCAGCAGCUCGAGAAGGAGGGCGUCAUCCAGAAGAGCAACGUGCCGGAUAACCGAAGGGCUAAUAUCUACUUCAACUUUACCAGCCCGCUGCCUGGGACAUUCGUCAUCUCACUACACUACAAGGGGCGUAAUCGCGGCCUGCUCGAACUGGAUCUCAAGCUCGACGAUCUCCUAGAGAUGCAAAAAGACAACCAGGAUGACCUGGACCUGGAGUACGUCCAGUUCAACGUGCCCAAGGUCCUUGCGCUGCUCAACAAGCGGUUCGCCAGGAAGAAAGGGUGGUAGGGUGCCCGUUAUCUUGUCUGGCGGUCCCAACGAUAUGACUGCGGUUUCUUGUGUCUCAGUUUCUUUCCGACGCGAUGAUUUUCCACUUCGCUUGCGAUACGCCACAGUGUAGGGGAUGGAUAAUUGGCGUUUCCGGUUUAAUGGGUAGUGGGGGACUGAAGGAAGGGAGGCUCUCCUUGCUUGGCCUGCUAUGUCUCUGCUAUUUGAUGUUUGCUGCUUGCUGUAUCGCUCCUCGUACGGUACGACCUUUGAUACCACUGUCGCCAUCUUGUAUUUUUUGUCUCCUGUCGUCUUGGUUUCUUUCCUCCGGCUGCGUCUCUGAUACAUUACGUUUCCAUACCCUUGACGAUAGCUUGGCUGCACUUCAGAUCGGCGGGAACAAGGGAGACGGGAAGCCCGAAAUGUCCGACUGCAUGGGGAUUGCUGACUCGACAUAUCCCGUCGUUACGCAAUCCCGGAACAAGUGU